AUGGCUGAAGCCAUUGUGAGUGGCUGCAUAGAUGUUGGAAGGGUUAGGGAUGAAGAAGGAAGAGGAAGGGGAAGAAGAAGGAAGAAGAAAGAAGAGGAAAGAAGAAGAAGGAAGAGGAGGAGAAAGAAGAAGGGGAAGAAGGGGAAGAAGAGGAAGAAGAGGACGAAGGGGAAGAAGGGGAAGAAGACGAAGAAGAGGAAGAAGGGGAAGAAGAGGAAGAAGGGGAAGAAGAGGAAGAAGGGGAAGAAGAGGAAGAAGAGGAAGAAGGGGAAGAAGAGGAAGAAGAGGAAGAAGUGA